UUGUGUUCGGGGCGGCGAAAUGAACGUGAGCGCGCUCAUCACGGGCAACGAGACCGUCGGCGACCACACCGAGUUCAUCGUGCAGAUCAGCUGCAGCGGCGUCGUCUGGCUCAUCUCGCGCCGGUUCAGCGACUUUGACCAGCUCCACUGCCGCCUCGAGAGCGUCUUCCAGAGCGAGCUCCGCGUGCGACUGCCCGAGAAGCAGUGGUUUGGCCGCUUUGACCCGGGCUUUCUCUCCAAGCGCCAAGCAGGCUUGCAGCAGUACCUCGAUGGCAUCUUGCAGAUCCCGGGGAUCACCGACGACCGUUCGUUGCAGCACUUUUUCGAGAUGGAGAAGAACGUUGAGCUCCAGUCCGACAUGAACCGCAACAGCUCGCAGUCGAUGAGCGCAACGCAGAAGCACUUGACCGAAGCCGAGCGCUGGCUCGCGAUCGUCGACAAGACGGCCCAUGCGCUCAUCGACAUUUCCGAAGUGCCCGAGCCGCUCGAGGUCGAGCAGGCCAACCAAAACGCGGUGAGAUCGUCGCGGCGUGGGCCGAAGCGCCGGCGCCGGUGGCAUCCGCCAAUGGCUUUCCGGCGUCGCGAGCCGCAAUGAACCCGCCGGCGCCCGUCUCGUACACGGCGGCAGCGGCGCUCCUGAGCAACUACCACACGACGCUCGCGGCCCAUUGCGCGUACGAAAUCCAAGCCCCGUCCGAAGACCUCAUCGCUGUCAUGUCGGACUCGAUCUCGGUCAAGUAGGUCGACGACGCCUUCCGUCUCCACCCCUCUCGAUGAUAAUAUAAGAACUGCGUGUGAUUUUGCAA